AGGAGGCUCUUUCUCAGCUGAAGGGCGGGAGGCGGAAGUGGCUCCUCUUGGAGCCUCCGAGGGACUGCGCUCCUCCUCGCUCUCUUAUCCAAGGGAGGAAGGCAAGGCUUUGCAGCCCAGGGAGCCCGAGGGAGGUGGUGCCUCCGUCGCCGCCUGCGAUGCCACCCUUUUCGGGGGCGUCGUCGUCAUGGCAUCCUUGCGGAGUCUGGGCCCGGCUGGGCAGAGGGAAGAGGCGGAGGACGGGGGCGAGCUGGACCGCUCUCUCCAGCAGAUGCUCCGGGCCAUAGUCGAGGAGAGGAACCGCAUCAGCAUCCGCCACGAGAUCAGCGGCCUCGGGUGUUUCAAAGAUGACCGCAUUGUAUUUUGGACGUGGAUGUUUUCCACCUAUUUUAUGGAGAAAUUGGCCUCGCGGCAGGAUGACAUGCUUUUCUAUGUCCGGAGGAAACUCUCCUAUGUUGGCGGAGAUAAUACAGAUGGGAAGAAGCAGGUUGAGGUUGAAGUGUACCGCAGGGAUUCCAAGAAGCUGCCUGGCCUGGGAGAUCCAGAUAUUGACUGGGAGGAGAGUGUCUGCUUGAAUCUCAUUCUUCAAAAGCUGGAUUACAUAGUGACAUGUGCAGUGUGUACCCGUUCCGAUGGAGGGGAUAUCCAUAUUCACAAAAAGAAAUCCCAGCAAGUCUUUGCCUCUCCGAGUAAACAUCCUAUGGACAGCAAAGGGGAGGAAUCAAAGAUCAGCUAUCCAAACAUAUUUUUUAUGAUUGACAACUUUGAAGAGGUAUUCAGUGACAUGACUGUGGGGGAAGGCGAGAUGGUCUGUGUGGAGCUGGUGGCCAGUGACAAGAGUAACACCUUCCAAGGUGUCAUCUUUCAGGGAUCCAUCCGCUAUGAGGCCUUGAAGAAGGUCUAUGAUAAUAGAGUCAGUGUUGCAGCAAAAAUGGCACAGAGGAUGUCCUUUGGAUUUUAUAAAUACAAUAAUAUGGAAUUUGUGCGAAUGAAGGGGCCACAGGGAAAAGGACAUGCAGAAAUGGCUGUGAGUCGUGUUUCAACAGGUGACACUUCUCCCUAUGGUACAGAAGACGGUUCAAACCCAGAUUCCCCUCUGCAUGAGAGAGUGACAUCUUUUAGCACUCCUCCGACUCCAGAACGCAACAACCGCCCUUCCUUUUUCUCCCCAUCCCUCAAAAGGAAAGUACCCCGGAAUCGAAUUGCUGAAAUGAAGAAAUCCCAUUCUGCCAAUGAUAGUGAGGAGUUCUUCAGGGAUGAUGAUUGUGGAGAUUUGCAGAAUGCAAGCAACCUCCGGUCACGGUCUCUGUCUGGAACAGGAAGGUCUCUUGUGGGCUCAUGGCUGAAGCUGAACAGGACAGAUGAAAACUUCCUACUCUAUGCACACUUAACCUACGUCACAUUGCCAUUGCAUCGAAUCUUAACAGAUAUUCUGGAGGUGCGGCAGAAACCGAUUUUGAUGACAUAGCAGAGAACUGGGCACUGCCUUGGAAAACUUGCAGCCAAGUGCCUAAAAAACUAACUACAGUGCUCUUCUGUCACAGCACCACCAUCUAGUGUCAGGAACGUAACGUUACACUGAAAAAGGGAUGUCUAGGAUUACCAGCCAGCCAAUCAAAAGUGCCUCUUCCUUCCUCUGCUAGAAUACUGUAUUCUCACUUUCAAAAUAAAAACUACAUCUCUUUAUAGAGAUGACUGGCAGAAGACUUCAAAUAAACAGACGCAUCACCACAACAGUAGGGUCUGUGUUUAAAAACAAUGCUUUAUGAACAAUUUGUAACAGUGUUUACUUCAUAACUGGAAACCAACCUGUACAGAAUGUAUUAAUCUUUAUAUACUUUGAAAGAAAAGUCCACAGGAUUUCAUACUGAUGUACCAAUGAACUUUGUUUAAUAGACUGUUGAGAACCCUCUGUGUUGCAUUAAAAAUAACUGUGUAUAUGUUUAAAACCUUGAUUAGGAUAGCAGACUAGUAUAAAAGCAAAGGAAAGUUAAGGAUUUAAACUGAAUGCUAACUGGCUACAUGUCGUAGUCCAACUGGAGCUAAGUAGCUUGGUUUUUCUACUUCUGUGAGUGGUAUAAUUUUAAAGAUUGCAGCACAAACAUGAGUCUACAAUUAUAUUUUCUUCAUCUACCAAAGAUCAUUGAAAAGCCCAGCUGAAUUUCUGAAAGAGUGGAAUCAAUGUACAAGAAAUUUACUUGCUGGGUAUGAUUGAUUUGAAUUCCGUUUGGUGAGUAAAUUCGUCUCCAGUAGUGUAGGUGUCUCUAAUACUAAGAAGCAGGAAAACAUUGAUACAAGAACUAGUACAGGGGGAAAAAACCCAAGCCAGCAGCAACAACAACAAAAAACUAAACACACACACACACACACACACCCUCAGCAGACCUCCAAUAGUCACUCUAUCCUACUUACAGGAAACAGGAACCAACUAACAUGGGCUGCUGAAAAGCAUUAUACUUCAUUUUUAAAAAUCAGUUGUGUAUAAUUUAUGAAUUCAACCAGUUUCCAUAGAUCUUGGUUGUAUUAGUUCUGUGAUUUGCCAUACUUUGGUAUACAGAAGCCUAAUUGUUAGGUUCUGCAAAGAAGUACCUCGAUAAUUAACAACAGCAACUAAAUCUUGGAGGUGGAUGAUGAGUAAUAUUUGUUUGUGACCUGUGGACUGUAGAUCAGAUCUGCUGUAUUUAUAACAGAGGAUGCAUAAAAUACAAUUUGGAGUGUAGUGGAGAUAGUUUCACUGUUCUGUGAACACAUCUGUUAAGGAGGUGAGCUUUUUUUUAAAAUGAUUUUUAAGAUUUCAAUUUAAAUUUUGCCUGUGGCUAAUUGGUGCUUGCAAUGUUACAGAUUCUCUUCCCCACCACCAGCAGUUUUGCAACUGUACAUUAAAUAUUUCCGUGUUUUUUGCUUUGUCACAAAGCAGGAUCAACAAAGGCGCAGAGCCUGGGGAUGUUUCUUUCUUCAGAGUCACCCAGCCCAAAUGUGUAUUUUUGAAAAGAAAGGAGAAGGCAGAUAGUCCUGGCUUGAGUCAGAAGGAGAAGGGGGGAAGAUGAGUGUGUUGGUUGAUCCAACAGUGUUUCCUGCCCUCUGUAGUUAUCCUGCAGAUUGUGGUGCUGGGGACAAGCCAGAUUCUUUCCACGACUGAAGAAAACCCCCAGUAAGUGUGGUUUCAGUAAUAGCUUUACUCUUGAAACCUGCUCCAUGAAUGAUAAAUCUCAUGCUUUUUUAGCAGCACAUCCUGUGAGAACCUGAUUGAUCAAAUCUUGUUGACAGUUUUAAUGUGUGGGGAAAAUAAGUAUGUUAUAUGUUUGUGUGUGGGUUCUUCUUAUUUAACAAAACAAAGAGAGGUAGAUUGUUUUUAUUCUAGAGCACUAGAACAAAAUGACUGAAGCUUAUCCCUUGGCAGAAAGAUUGCAUGUCAGGAACACAAACAAGCAAGUGCUCCUCCAGUUCUUUGGAAAUUGCACUGUGCACUGAGAUUGCCAUCAUAACCAACCAUUAAAACAAUGGAGUAAUUUUUUAAAAAUUGUACGGUUACAAAUGAUGUUGUUAAUGUCUACCAUGCAAUUUGAUUUCUUUGUAUCGUGUGUAAAUAAUUAUUUACUUUUCUCUAACCAGAGUCAUAAUUAGGGGUUCAUUUUCAAGGUUGCAAACAGACUGUAGGCCAGGAUUAUGUGUCAUACGGCCCUCCAGAUGUGCUUGGAUACAUGUCCCACAUUUUAGCCAGUGCAGCCAAUAAUGACGAAUGUUGGAGGUUGAAGUCAGACAACAUCUGGUGGUCCAUACGAUUCACACUCCCUCCCCAGACCUUGGCUUUUUUAUUUAAAGAAAGUAUAGUUUCUCUUAAUCACAUUCUUGUCCUAAUGGAAAUAAAGGUGGAGCUCAUUUUUAAUAUCCUCACAUAGGACUAAAUUCAGCGUUAGUCAUUCUGAAAUGAAUGGAAAUUGUUAGUUAACUGAAAUCCUAUUAGAGUGGUCCCUUGUCCACUGGGGUUUGGUUCCAAGAUCCCCCGUGGAUAACAAAAUCCAUGGAUGCUCAAGUCCCAUUAAAUAUAAUGACGCAGCAAAAUGGUGUCCCUUAUGGAAAAUCAAGAUUUGAUAUUUGAAAUUUAUACUUUUUUUGAAACUUUUCAAACCGUGGAUGCUUGAAUCCGUGAAUAAAAAAACUGUGUAUAAGGGCCGACUGUAAUUUUAACUGUAGGCAGUUGUGUAAGUGACUAGACUGGUUUACUGUAAGUAAAGCAGUGGGUGUCUGAAUUCUCUGUUUCAUUUUUUUAAAGAGAAUGAAACUUUCCCCUUAUGGAGAAAGCCAAUGUGUUUUACAGAAGGCUCGGCUAGCUUUUUGACAUACUUAUUUAGUACAUACAGGGGAAACAAACUCUUCACGAUCCAGAGGUAUUGACACUCUUGUGGUGGUAUUCAGUUUCCCAUCUGCUGUUUGAAAUGGUAUAGACCCAACAUGCAAUAUUGGGGGGGGGGUUGUUAUCUUAUUUUUAAAAAGCAAACUGUAUGUAAGAUCAGAGAGGCACUGCUGCCAGGAUUUGCCUCCCAGUGUCACAUUUUCUUUGCAACAUCUUAUUUUACUUGCCCCUAGUGUGACCCUGCAUAUUGUAUAUUUCCAUGCCAUUCAUCAAGUGAAACUGAAUAUCUGAAGGAAACAAUAUGAAUUGGCCAAUCUUAUUAUAUCAUGCUACAGACGAAUGCUGCAGGGAAUAUGAGGGAGAAAUAGUAGGUCUAGCGCCUUACUUAUUGCUAAAUUUACAGUGCAGUCCUAUGUGUGUGACCCCAAAGAUAAGCCCCAUUGUGUUCAGUGGGGCCUGCUUUUAGACUAGUAAAGACAUUAUUAGAGACAAUAUUCAUUUCAAUGCAAGUGCCAAUAAAUGCAUUUGAAGGAACUAA